AUUGAUUUACAAAUUAACUUACGUGAUAAUGUGGACCCUGUUGGUUGGAUUUUGUGCUAAUUUUUUGACAAACAUUGAAUUAAACAAGAAGUAAUAUCUUCCCGGGUUUAUUUGAACCUGUUACGUCACCUAUUAAAUGGCAGCUAAUGGCUGGUGUCAUUGAAUAAUUUUCAUCGCCCAUCACGAUCACUCGUAUCGGUGUUCUCGGUGUAUGGGCAAUAAUGUAAUAAGAGUUGGGAGCUCCAGUGCCGUGAUGACAAUUAACACGUAGUCUAAGUAAAUAAAACCCAGAAAGACAUAUGUGAAGCUAUGGAGUUUUUUUUAAACAUUAUUAUUUUAAUUGUUUGUUUGGGAUAAGGACUAUGGAUCUGUGAGUUUUCUGUGUGACGUUGACAGGUGGGACCUGUCAUUCUUUGAUUUAACAAUAAUAGUGGUAGUUUUAGGCAAAAGAGAAGUUUAUUACACGAGGGAUUGUCUUUAUAAUUAAUUACGAUGUUUGCUAGUUUAAAAAAUAAAAUAGGCAAGGAAAUAGGCAAUGAUGUUACUGCUGUUGUUCGACACGCUGGAUCUGUACGUGGUAUUAAUUCCAGACAUGUAUCACAGACGGGAUCAUCGAGCAGCGUGAGUGGAUCUCAGCUAUCUUUAGACGAAUCUCAGGAGAGCGCAGUGUCGCCGACAAUAAACAUAAAGCGAGAAAACAGUUUCGAAUUGAAGUUGAACGACGGGACGGAGUUGUCGAGCAAAGACAUCAAGAGACUGGAGAGCAGAGAGGAUGAAUGGAGGAAAAGAUUGGCGAAAAAGGAGCUCGAGUGCCAGAAGAAGCUGGACAAGAAAGAUGAGGAGUGGAAAAUUAAGAUGUUCGAGCGCGAGAAGGAGUGGAAGAAGAAUGUAGAGAAGCUGGAGAAAGACAAGCAGAAGCUUGAGGACGGAAGACUGAAGGCGGAAAGUGCCAAGCAGUUGUUGGAGACCGCUUUGCGGGACGCGGAAGAGUACAAAAAAAAGCUGCACAGCUUUCAAGAAGACGCGGAGCAGCUAGAGGGGUUCCAGACUCAAGAGAUGGCUAAAAUUAAACACUUGUUGCUGGCCAAGGAACAGGAGGUCGAAGAGAAGACACAUAAUUUGAAAGCCGCGCUCACGGAAAUUGAUAAUUUGAAGACCGAGUUAUCGAGGUUGAGACGCUAUGAACAGGAAUUAAAUGACAUUCAGGACAAAAUGGAGUCAUUGCGGCACACGACGCAGCGUGAAAAAUCUCAACUAACAGGCGAUCUGGAACACACGAAAGAGGAAGUGCGUCACUUACUGACAAAAGUAUCCGUUCUGGAACAAAGACUGGCCUUGGAGUCGAACGACCAGUCGACUGUCGACGACAGAAUCGCGGAUCUGAUGAGAGAACGCACUCUCUUAGAGCGCAAGUUGGAGGAGACGCACUUGCAUUUGUCGGACAUUAAGACCAGCUGGUCGAGCACGAUUUCCAACCUAGAAACCCAAGUCGGCCGGCUCAGCAGGCAAGCCGGGGAAGAGGGCCUGGAGCGACGCCGCGUUGAGGAAGAAAACGAUAAAUUGAAGCUCAGGGUGAAGCAACUCGAGGAAGACAUAGAGGAAUCAUCUUCCAAAGAAAUAGAGAGUCUCAAGGAAGAACUCGAAGAAGCGGCGAAAAAAUUGACAACCUCAGCAAGCGAAUUGACGGCUUUAAAAUCGUCAUACGAGGCGGAGAAAGAAAACAACUCGACGCUCCACAUGCAAUUAGCCCGGUUGAGAGAGAGUUUGGAGGCCGAGAGAACCAACAGCGCGACGCUGAGAGUCAAUUUGGAAAAAGAACAAAGCGAAAAAGACUCUGCGUUGCUCAGAAACGCACAAAUGUCCCAGAAUUUCGAGAUAGCCAAACAGGAACAACGGACACAGGAAAUCGAGAACAUCGAGUUGCAAACAAGGCUCGAGAGUUUGGAAGAGUCGCUGAAAGCCGCGAACUCGCUCAAGGAUGUCGCGAUUAAAGAUUCUGAAGAAAUGAAGAACAGAAUAAUUCAGCUGGAGGCUUUGGAGCUAGAUCGGAAGCUCAGUCAAGAUACUGAGCAGAGUUUGAAAAAUAAUUUGGCUAAUUUGGAAGAUCAAAUUAAUGAUAAGAACAAGACUAUAAAAGUUCUUCAACAAAGGUUAGCGGAUAUGAAGAAAACUUUACAACGCGAAUUACGAGUCCCUUCAUCGUCAUUUGAUAAUGAUGACUCCGCGGCCAUUCUCACUCCUAGCUCAUCCAAAACAGUCACUGCCAAACAUCCGAACUCUCAAGAGGAGGAUGUUAAUUUUAAAUAUCUAAAACAUGUCUUAAUUAAAUUUUUAACUAGCAGAGAAUACGAGGCGUUACAUCUAACGAGAGCUGUUGCGACUCUACUUCACUUUUCGCCCGAAGAAGAAAGACUUCUUCAAGAAACUCUUGAGUGGAAAAUGUCCUGGUUCGGUACCCGGCCUAAUUUGGGAUUUGGACAGACCGCGAAAGCCAUUCCGCCUAGCUGAUAAUAAAUUAAAUUUUUUUUUGUUAAUUAUAAAUUAUAAACAUUGAUUUGUCCUCGGCUUUUACCUUUAAAUUAUCACAUUCCAAUUUUUUAAUCGCUAUUUA